AUGUCUCGCAACCUAUACGAUCCUCCUUUCCAGUACAGCCCACGGAGGCCCUACCCGGAGCGAUACCCGCCGCCGCCCUCGCCGCUUGAGAUUGAGGCAUAUCUCUCGCCGUACUACUACGUGCGACCGCCGCACGAACGGGCAUCCUCACCGAUCAUGAGCCCCUUAUUGAGCAGCCGACAUCGGGAGGAGGAUUCCAGGGCCAGCGAACGGGGUGGUCGCCGAGGCGAGGCAAGCGAAGACGCAACUGAGCGCGUUCAGAAAGCCUUGGGAAGCCUUUCGCUUGUGCAACAGGCUCCGCAAGAUCCUGAAGCUCUUGCCCGCAGCCGCCAGUAUCGUCUCAUUCAGAUUAGGCUAUUGCUGGUUCAAGUCCAUGGCCAGCUUGAAAUUGCACACGAGGUCUACGAAGCUGCGUUCAGAAAGUUCCGGCAACAGGUGGAGAAAAACAGGGAGUCCAGCCCAUCGACACAGAAUCAGAUCUGGGUCGACAUGCUGUCGAAAGAUGCAGAGAAAGGCAAGAAGGAGGCGGACAUGGAAAGAUCGCCGCCGCCGCUUGACUUCGAUACGGUAAUGGCGCAGGUGGAAACAGGUUUGCAAUCACUGAAAGGCGCCCAGAUGAGGAACUCGCGGCUAGCCUCCGGCUUUGCCGACAAGUCACCAGACGCCGAGGGCCACUUCAAGGUGGUCAUUGAUGCUGUGGAGGAAAUCGUCGACUUGGCCGCAAAAGCCCCAGAAGAGAAUCUCGUUUGUGAAGAUCUGGUGGCGCGCCUCGAUAGAGCUCGGAGUCUGGCCGAUACCACUUCCAAAGUCUGGAAAGCCGUGCUGCAUAAGUUGCCGGCUAGAAGCUCGGGAACCACAAAGUCCAAUGAUCCAAGUUGGGCCGGCAAUGGCGAAGAACAGCCCGCAUCUUAG